AUGCCCCGACCUAUGGAUAGCGGACCAAUGAACGAGAGUCACGAGGAACAGGAAAGCGAUGGCCCAGGUUUCUCCGUAGGGACGACACUAGUGGCACGAUGGAUGGGUAAAAUCGACCGCACGUGCGUCGUAAUCGAUCGUACGACACUAAGCAAUGACCGGUUUAAAUACUACGUCCACUGGCAUGACUUUAAUCGUCGGAUGGACGAGUGGAUCAAUGAACACGAAAUUGUACGAAGAGGCACUGACGAAGAGACUCAAAAGCUAAAGGAGAAAGAUGCCAAGGAGAAAGAAAAGGAACAACGAGCCAAGAAUCGUAGUCAAAGCAAAACACCUGCUCCCAGUGAAGCUGCUAUUGCUAUUGCUACUACUACUACUACUACUACUACUAUUGCUACAAGCGCAGACGGUCCGACCCGAACACGAGGACAGAAGCGGAAGACGCCAGAAGAUCAGGACUUUGCCCCUCCAGAAGAAGAACAUGAUGAACAUGAAGGCAUGGAUGCUGCUAGUAUUCGAGAGCACGAGGAGGUCACUAAAGUAAAGAAUGUGCGGUUUGUCGAGAUGGGGCGAUAUCGAAUGGCAGCUUGGUACUUUUCACCUUUUCCAAAAGAGUAUUACCCGGACGGAUCUAUCGAUUGUCUAUAUUUCUGCGAAUUCUGCAUGGCGUUUUUCUGCUACAAGCGUGAACUGACAGUGCACCAAGAGCGUCGCAUAUGCAACCGUCACCCGCCAGGCAACGAAAUAUACCGACACGAGAACUUGAGCGUUUUUGAAGUGGAUGGUGCAAUCUCCAAGGUUUACUGCCAAAAUCUCUGCUACCUUGCCAAGUUGUUCCUGGACCACAAAACGCUGUACUACGACGUUGAUCCGUUCCUGUUCUAUAUUAUUUGCGAAGUCGACUCGCGCGGUUUCCACCCGGUGGGCUAUUUCUCCAAGGAGAAGUAUUCAGAACUGGGUUACAACCUGGCUUGUAUUCUGACAUUUCCGUGCCACCAACGCAAAGGCUACGGCCACUUCAUCAUCCAGUUUUCGUACGAGCUGAGUAAAAAGGAAGAAAAGGUGGGGUCACCGGAGAAGCCUCUCUCGGAUCUUGGUCUUGUGAGUUAUCGUAGCUAUUGGACGCGCGAGUUGCUUCGCAUUCUUCGGGAUUAUCCGGAAAAAGAAGUAUCUAUUAUGGAGCUCACAAAGAUUACAUCUAUCAAGAAUGAGGACAUCAUCGCAACGCUGCAGCAUCUCAAUAUGAUAAAGUAUAUAGGCGGACAGUAUGUUUAUGUCGUACCCAAGCAAAUCGUAGACGCGCACCUGGCAAAGCUGACUAAGAAGGGUCCACAGGUCGUUCCUGAAAAGUUGCACUGGGCACCACUGCACCUGGACAUAAAGCGUGAUAAGUGGUCACUGAAGGCAAUGACUGCCGACAAGGAGGAUUAG